UUACGUUUCUUUAACCGUCAACCUCUUGACUUACCUUAAGGAAAAGAAAAAGGAUCAAAAAAAAAAAAAAAAAAAAAGAAAAAAAACAACGAGUGAGACAAGAUGAUCCUGCUGCCACUGACCUUGGUAUUGGUCCUCGCAGCGAUCUGCAACGCAGAACCAGCGAUUAAUGAAGUUAGACCACACAGUAACAGGCCAGGAAGAUUCUUAUCUCUUCCGAUUCCGCAAAAAUGUUCGAACCGACCUAAACAAUUCAAUUUCCGUGGUCACAACUACUUCUACAGCGGACACGUGCCCGCUCACGCUAAUCAAAAAGUCGAUUGGCUAGAUGCUAGAAAUAUUUGCAGGGAAUAUUGUAUGGAUCUAGUAUCUAUGGAAACUCAAGAGGAGAACAAUAUGAUCUUCAGACUUAUACAACAGAACGAUGUCCCGUAUAUUUGGACAUCCGGUCGUCUUUGUGACUUCAAGGGAUGCGAAAAUCGACGUGAUUUGGAACCUAAAUCAUUGUACGGUUGGUUCUGGUCGGCAAAUCGUGAAAAAAUGGCACCAACCAAUCAGAUACCACCUGGUUGGGGCUUCAAUCCUUGGUCCCAAACUGGACACAAGAAAGUUAGACAGCCUGAUAAUGCGGAAUUCGAUAUCAAUGGUACCAACGAGUCCUGUUUGUCUGUACUUAACAACGUUUACAAUGACGGCAUCGCUUGGCAUGAUGUUGCUUGCUACCACGAGAAACCUUUCGUUUGCGAAGAUUCCGAGGAGCUCCUCAAUUAUGUCGCAAAUACCAACCGUGGUAUCCGUCUGUGAGAGGUCUACGCCUCCACAGGCCAACGUGAUAUCACGACGGUCCUUCUCAUCAGCAUCAUCAACACCCACCCUUUUUUCCUUCUCUCUGCUUUUACAUUGCAAACGAGACACAUAAACAUAAUAAAAUUUUCAAUGAAACAGGUGUACACGUGAUGAAACAAUACGAUCUUAAUAAUCACGAAGAAACUUAUUCUCACUUAAUUAUUCUUAAUUGGUCUUUUUUCUUUUAUAAAGAAUUUUUUCUCUCCCAGAAAGAUGAAAAUUAUUCAUAACGCUGCUAGUAAUUGCGUGCUCUAAUUACCUUCGAUUGUCUGUGAUAGCAAAAUGAGUAUUAACUUUUAACAUAACAGAAACUUCGAUCUUUUGAUACAAAAUUGUAUGUACUAACGCAACGUGUAUCUAUGUAACGUGUCUCGUCGUUGCAACUUUUCCUUCCUUCUCAUUAUCCGAUGAAGUUCAGCUAUAACUCUUGCACUUCGUCCAAUGUGUAAUUACGAUAUUUCCGAUAAAGAGUAAUUCAUUAUGUACACGUAUUUAUUGAUAGAUAUCUGGCUGACAGUUUCUGUACAUUUAUGAAUAAAUCGUAAACGUAGGUCUAGUAA